UAAUCGCUAGUACACUCGCUCCGCGCGCAUCGUCACGUACGCGGCGAGUGCUCGUGCCAAUCGUUUGACUUUGCUCCCGAGACUGCACGCAGCAAACACACCGAGAGUCCGUCCGUCCUCUCCUCCGCGGCGGUGUUUACCACGGAGACGCGCGAUAAAGAAAAGAAAAGGGGACCUAAGAGAGAGACAGAGAGAGUUUUUAUAUCGGACAAAUUGCUGCUGGCGAGAAGAGCGGGGAAAACGGCGGGGUUCACGCAGAUGAAUCGUCCGUGGAGAAAGACGCCGCUCGUAGGCUUUUACGCGAUCGGCCGCACGAUCGGAUUCCAGGACCGUCUCUGAGAAUAAAGGAUCUCGGGGAUCCUCGCGUCCUCGGAGGAAAAAUCGCGCCGAAAGAGAGGGCUAAAAAAGGGGCCGAGAGGCGCUGGCGCGUACAGGCGAGACGAUGAGCCCCGUGGUGAUAUAACAUUGUGAUCAGCGGACUGUGAUAUAUACAUAUAUACAUACAUACAUACAUAUAUAUAUAUAUAUAUAUAUAUUUGUACAUACGCAUACGUAUACCUCCCCUUAACCUCACCUGCCUCGCCGAAGAGCCUCUUCCGCGGAGAGACCGACUACUUGAGCAACUUGCAUCAUGGCAGAGAAGAAUUGCGGCGCGCAAGACCCGGAGAAGACGUCGCUGGUGGACUCUGCGUUACUUCCAAAAUUCCAGCCGUCCACGCUGCCGAAUAAUGACGAGAAAAUUGCGAACGGCAGCGGCGCGCACGAUGACCCGGAGGACGCACGGCCGCUCCGGGGUAGCGCCGUCAGGCAAGUCCUGGCCUCCCUGGUCGCCCAGCUUGGCACCAUCAACACCGGCAUGACCUUCGGCUUCUCCGCCAUCGCCUUACCGCAACUUCAAGAGCCGAACAGCACCAUUCCCAUCACGGAGGGCUCCACGGAGGAAUCAUGGAUCGCUAGCAUGUCCUCCAUCGGCACGCCGAUCGGCUGCCUCAUGUCGGGCUACAUGAUGGACAUGUUCGGCAGGAAGCGGUCGCUCAUCAUCACCGAGAUCCCAGCCCUCCUCGGCUGGCUGUUAAUCGCGUUCGCCAGCGACAUACGCAUGAUAUACGCCGGCCGCUUCUUCGUCGGCCUCGGCUCGGGCAUGGUGGGCGCGCCGGCACGCGUCUACACCAGCGAGGUGACGCAGCCUCAUCUGCGUGGAAUGCUGACCGCGUUCUCGAGCGUGGGCGUCAGCACGGGGGUGCUGAUCGAGUACGCGUUGGGCAGCGUCCUCACGUGGAACAUCUGCGCGGCGAUCAGCGGCGUCCUACCUCUCACCGCCCUGCUGCUGAUGUUCCUCUUCCCCGAGACACCGUCUUACCUCAUAUCGCGCAGCAAGCCGGACCAGGCGAAGAAGGCGCUGCAAAAGUUCCGCGGCAGUACUUACAACGUGAACCAGGAGAUGGAGACGUUGCUGGAGUUCUCGAAUAAGAACAACAUCAAGCGGCUGACCGGCUUCCGUGAGAUCGUGUGCGCCUUGCUGAAGCCGAACGCCCUCAAGCCGUUCGCCCUGUUGUUCCUUUACUUCCUCAUCUACCAGUGGUCGGGCACCAAUGUCAUCACCUUCUACGCGGUCGAGAUCUUCAAGGAUUCGGGCGCGAGCAUGAACAAGUAUCUGGCGGCGGUGAUCCUCGGUAUCGUCCGACUGACUUCGACGAUCGUCGCGUGCGUCCUCUGUAGAAAAUGCGGCAGACGGCCGCUCACGAUGGUGUCGUCCAUCGGAUGCGGCCUCUCCAUGAUGGGACUGGGCGGCUACAUGUGGCUGAAGAAUCACUGGGUCGCGAACGCGAUGCCGCUGGUAGCCACGUGGGUCCCGGUCGCUUGUAUCUUCUCGUACACGGUGACCUGCACGCUGGGCUUCCUGGUGAUACCGUGGGUGAUGAUCGGCGAGGUCUAUCCCGUCCAGGUGCGCGGCAUCGCCGGCGGCCUGACCACCAUGGCGGCCCACUCGUUCGUCUUCAUGGUGGUGAAGACCUACCCGUUCUUGGCGAGCGUGCUCACCCGCCACGGCACGUUCAUCCUCUACGGCUGCAUCUCGCUGUUCGGCACGGCUUACUUCUACAUAUGUCUUCCGGAAACCAAAGGCAGAACGUUGCAGGAGAUCGAGGAUUAUUUCUCCGGGAGGGGGGACGCUCUGGUGACCGGCAGGAUAAGCAACAAGCCAAAGGUCUUAGAGAUUAAGAAGGGCCACAUAUUACCGUGAACGGUACCAACCCGCUCUCUCGCGAGAGCCGUCGCUUCUCAGGAGAGAACUCGCGGCAUUUUCGCCCGUGGCGCGAUUUAAAACCCGCGUAGAACGAGGAGGGCAACGCGGCGCUGACGUACGUAGAAGCUGUCUUAUAUCUACUUUUUACCGCGGGAUCACGAAACGGGCAAAGUACUCAGACGUAGACGUCUACUUCGCAACGAAUGUACGUAUGUAAGAUGUAAGGUGCGACGAGGAAGUUACCGAGGGAAUACAUUUAGGCGCCAUAGAGGAGUGUGCACACACACACAUACACACUGCUGCGAAAGUGUAUAUAAAUGAAUUCACGAAGGGAAAACUGUUAUUGUUAUGCGUGCUUUUGUUUGCGAAAGCGAUCGUACGAGGAAAAAGAUCAGUCUCGAGUCGAGAAUGGAUAUUCUAGUCUUUUCAGAAGAUUUUUAGCCUCGAGUUUAAGCAACACUUUCAUUAAUAUGAAUUCAAUGAGAUCAAGACUAAAAGUCCCCUGAGAAGAUUGUGAUAUUCGCUUAUGUGCGAGAACAUCUAUUCUUGAUUUCAGACUAAUUUUCUUUCCGUGCGUGUACACUCGAUUUCAACGAGAUUUGUACGCUUCUUCCUUCGAUGCGGCUCGUGACGCGGGCAAUGAGAGCGCACAACUUCUGUAAAUUAAAUUAAAAACAAGUACUCUCAUUGGUCAUCUGAUCCGAAAUUCGUCGAAGGGGGAAGUAUUCGAAUAAUGGUUUUGAAACCAAAUGUACGUGGGAGAUGAUCGACUUUGUACGAGUGAAUUUUUAGCCUUGGCAUUCUCAUGACGUCGAUCACGAACGAUACGAAGCUCGCGGAGCGUUCCUCGAGCGAAGUGAAGCAAGAAAGCGCGAAUUCCCAGCACGAGUUUUCAUUCGCGCGGUGACAAGGAAACUUAUUCCCUGAUGACGUAAUCAACGAUGUAUACACGAAACGAAAGAAAAUGGUGCUAUUUAUUUUAUCAUAGUAUUAAACCGUGACGUCUGUGUGCGUGAUGUAACCGUGUAACCACCGCGGUGGAAGAAAGUUCGUAUGCCUGUCGGCAAACUGUAAAAACGAUUGCAUCGUAGGAAUUAUAUUUUAGAGUAAUGAAAAUGUCUUAUCUCAAGCGGGGCCCACGAUGAGAAUUUAAGGAAUUUAAGGAAACUGACCAAUUAUAAUUGAUUUUUCUCCUAUAACUCGACUGUGGCUGGGUAAAUUUCUCGCGCCUUAAAUUCUCAUUGCAGACCGAUGGCUUCACGCGCCGACAGAACGCGGCUAAAAUAUUUUAUCGGAGAACCGAGUCGAGAAUCCCCAGAUAUCUAUUUAUUGUAAAACGCACAGUAUUGUUCUCUCAAUUUGUUACACGUUCGAUAACUCGAAUCGGCACGCUGUGCUUUUAGGAAUACCGGUGAAAUUUCUCACGUGUUAUAUGCCUGCAAGAUGCCUUGACACACGAUUGUUACUUAUGAUAGACCUUUAACGAAUAACUUGCAUGAAUGGUAUAUAUUUUUUUAUAAGAAAGUAAUGGGGAAAAGAGA